GAUCACGACCACGGCCAUUGGCUUGGAUCUCCGACAUGCCUUACCAGUCUAAACGGUCGCGGAUGUCGCGCUCGCACGGCCCUCGUGUGGCUCCCGCUGUAGCGAUCAUAUCAACCUCCGCUGGCAUCAUCCGCAGCCCUCGUCCUCUUCCUCCGACAUGGCGCACUACGUCUCCCCCCGCAAGGCGGGUGUACGGAACCAUCGACCUGUCACCAAGCACGAUACCCAGCAAGGCAGUCGCAAGAAUCAGCUUGCAUGGAAGAGCGAAAUCGCAGGCAAAAUCGUGCUCAUCACGAAUCCUGUAGCAGAGUUCCUCGAGCACUUUGUGCCCGGAGAAAAGCCUCUUAAGUCUGUGACCAAAGCGGCCUUCCAGAUGCCGAAGAAUGCCAGGUUAGAGAGCGAGAUGUACGGUCCCUUGUGUGACGGAUUCACUUCAUUAGUGAGGCGCUUCGAUCGCACCAAGAAACCUGUAUUCGUCAACCACAACCACGACCGCAUCGUAUUCCCCUACAAGCUGUGCGCAUCGGAGCACCACGUCACUCGGCCGGAUGUGAUCGCCUCGUUUCCCGGCGAGGAGUCGAUUGGCCGACAUGCCGAUUACUGGAGGAACAUCUCGUUCGUCGUGGAGGUGAAGCUCGCCGUGAGCGAUGAUCCGAUGAAGUCGUACUCAGAUGCCCACGAAGCUACACUGGUCCAGCUGUCGAAGAGUGCGCGUAACCUGCUCGUGUCGCAGAGCCGACUGUUCGUCUUCGUUAUCGGUGUCUAUGGACCGCUCGCUCGGAUCUUUCGCUUCGACCACGCCGGCGCCGUCUGCUCGGACGCAUUUGACUACACGACCCUUGACGGCAGCCGACUCCUCCACGAAUUUCUGUGGCGAUUCACCCAUCCACGCCACACUCUGGCUGUCGCGUCGUGGGCGAUGACCCUACUGUGCAGCUCGUCCAUGCGGGACAGCGUGCGGAGGUCGUCAAGAAGCUGCGUGACGCAGGGGUGAAGGCGAAGAACACACCCGAGGCGUCGAAGAUAUAUCGCUAUAUCACUGUCGGGAGCUCGGAGGGGAAGCGGAAGGGACGAGGUAUCUUGUUACGACCUGCUCUUCAUC